AUGCUAAAGUUUUCUUUGCUUUGUUCAGGGCCUCUUGAUGAUGAAUUUAGUUAUGAACCUCCUGGGAAGAAAAACAGAAGUUCUGACUCCACUGACAGCGCAGGGAGUUCAACAACUUCCAAUCGGAAAGAAGCACCUAUCCUCAAAAUGCCAAAAUCACCACGUGGAAAUCAAAAGGCAGCCAGUACUGAUGUGUCAACAAUUAUCCCCAAAUCAGAUAUCAGACGGGCACAGUUUAAAGGUAGCAAGUCCAUGCCUGCUGUUGAUGCAUCCUCCCCCGAGCCAAUUGUUUCAUCGACAAAAGAGACUGAAGAGAUUCCAGUUGCCAUUGAAAUGUCUUCUACAGGCAGGCCUGCAGAGACAACUAAUUUACACUUAAAGUACUUGCUCCAAGUCACAGACUCUGAAUUACAGAAUAUGUCCCGUGAAGUUCCCAGUAGCCAAACAAUCUCCAUGGGUGUGCCAUCUGGUGGCAAGCCCAUGACCAAUACUCAACUAGUACUUGCUCCUGUUACCACCAGUCAACCCAGUGAGAAUUUCAUUUUUCAAGAGAUCAUAAAGAUGCCAGUUUCUGAGAAGGGAGUUGAGAAAUAUCAUGUUAAGUCAGAUUCUCUCGAACAGCAAGGUCUUAAGUUGGUUUAUACAAAGCCAACUGUUGACAGUCAGGAGGCCCGUCCCAUGAGCUACGUUGCAUACAAACCUCAUUCCCAACACCAAUCUACAGAAAAAUCUCUCCAGCAACAACAGUCCAUGACAGGAGAUUCUACAGUUGGCCGUAAACGCAAGCAUCCACUAAAACAAGGGCGUCAUAUUUGCCAGUAUUGUGGCCGUGGUUGUGCCAAGCCAAGUGUAUUAGAAAAACACAUUCGUGCACACACCAAUGAGAGGCCCUUUCCCUGUGCUAACUGUGGCCUGUCUUUCAAAACAAAAAGCAACUUAUCUAAGCACACAAAAUCACGAACACAUGCCCUUAAAGCUGGUCUUAGUCAGAGUGCAAGUAGUACGUCCUCAGAGACGGCUGGUACCGAGGGGGAUGUUGAUGCAAAAGACACUAAUGAAAGUGAAGAAACUCAGACAGAGACCAGUGAUACAGAUGGUGAAAAUGAAGACGAUCCACAAAAAACAAAGGGGAACCUCACAAAGCACAUGAAGUCCAAAGCACAUCAGAAGAAAUGUCUAGAACUAGGCAUUGUCCCUGUUCCUGUUACAGUAGAUGAGUCUCAGAUUGAUUCUGUAGCUCUUGCUGCUCAAAGUGCAAUAGCAAAAGAUACAAAAAUCUUGGAUGAUGAUAAUGAGGAAGAUGAGGAUGAUGAUAAAGACAUGGAUGAUGAAGAAGAGACUGAUGAUGCAGAUGGACAGUUUUCAGAUUCUGAAGAAAGUGCAAGAACUAGUUUUGAAAGAAUGGAUACGUCUGAGACAAUUGAUACAUCUGUGGAUAAGGAAAGUGAAUGUGGUACACCUGCACAAACUUCAAGUAUUGAUGUUGCCGAGAUAUGUCGCAUGCCUGAAGUUCAUUCUUGUGAACUUUCAGAGCCUGAAGUAUCAACUACUGCCGAAUUGACCAAGACUACAACAAGUAACCUUGCUAUGAGUUCUUCCCAGGUGCCUCUGUCACUGCAAACACUAACUACUGUUAAUGCUUCCCACCGUCAAGGUGCAACCAGCCAAUUGCAGUUUGUUAAUGAGAUAGCCCACAGUUUGCUUGAUCUUGCUCAACGGCAGAUCCCUCCCGCUGAGGAGUUGCCUGCAGAUCAUCUGGAUACAACAGAUUCUGUCAUCCUCAUCACCACCUCCACUGCCACCAAUACCACCAUCACUACUGCCUCCACUACCACAACCAUCACCUCCACUACUACUACUACUACCACCACCACUGCUGUCUCUAUCCAGUCCAAAGCAGAGGCUACUGAAAAGACUUUAAAACGCCAGUAUAGUUUUGAUAUGGCUGACUCUCCUGACAGAGGUCUCAGCAAGUCUCCUACUCUACAACUGGAGUUUCCAGAUAUUCAGAUGCAUUUGGUGAGCAAAAUUUACCAGAAAGACCAACAUUCUCUGCUGAAACAAACCAGCAGUGAGGAAAUUGCAAUGUUAAAUCAGCAAACAGCAACUGCCAUUGGAGAGAAUUCUUCACAUAAAGAGAUAAGGUCAGGGGAAAUAGAAAAAAUUGGCUCUCAAAUAUUGACCCACCCAUCCAUUGUUGCACUCAAGAUUGAUUCUCAGGAAGGUUACCAGAGACAGCCAUUUAUCACGACUACCACUGCAAUACAAAAUAAUCAACCAUUGACCCACAAUGUUUAUUUGAUUCCUGAUUUACCUGGAAACUUACAAGGAACAAUAGAAAAGGAGACUAGCUAUGGAGCUACUACCACAUCUACCUUAUCCUUAUCACUGACCGGUUUGUUACCCAACAUAAGUCAAUUGGUAAAACAGGAAUCUGACAGUGGCCCUGUUAUAAGUGCCAGUCUCAUUAGUCACCCUCAGAGCAUAACACCAUUCCAAUUUGAACACCCAUUCCAAGCUUUUCAGAGAUCAUCAAACAAAAAUGAAGAAACAAGAGCAGAACCCCAGACAGUAAUCAUUCCCUUGACUACUUCAGGCACUGAAGAAUCUACUUUUGUCUGUAGUCCCAAAGCUGUCAGAGUCUCUCAAUCUUUAAGCAGAGAAUCACCUGCUAUGGAGAUGAUGGUUUCUCGCUCUGAGGUAGCCACUAGCUGUCAGCAAGGUCAGAUCCUUUUACCCAGUCAGCUGGGCCCUAACAACCCAUCAAUUGUAAGCAUAAUUGUAUCCAAUCAGACAUGUCAAAAUGUUGAAAAUGUAGCUCAACAACCGCAGAUGGGACAUAAACAUCAGUCACAGUUAGUAUCAAACUCUCCCUAUAUAGGUCCUGCUAAUAUACCAACACAACCAUUCAAUACUAAUAUAGUUGUUGAGCCACACAUAGUAGAGAAUUUAAUACCAGAACACUCCCAAACAAGACUGGCAGAAUUACAACCUGUCAGUCUUAUUAUGGAGAAAUCAACUACAGAAAGUAAACUAUUAGUUACAAGACAAUCUCCAACAGCAAUUGUUGAGAAAACUUUCCAUUCUGAGCAAUGUCCUACAUCAUUCGAGAGGCAUUCACCUAAACUAUACAUAGAUAAUUCUCAAACAAGGUCUGCUUAUGGAAAUGGGCAGACACGAGUGCAUGUUGAAAGACGAAUUCCUAUGCUUCAACCCAUGAUCCCUAAUGUACAACUCCCACCACAAGAAGUUGGGAAGCUGUCACCUACACAACGAAUAGAAAGUGCAUCACCUCCAAGACAUUAUGUGGAGCGAUUAUCACCAAAGCGACAACACGUGGAGAGGCUGUCGCCGACGAGGCAGCACGUGGAGAGGCUGUCGCCAACGAGGCAGCACGUGGAGAGAUUGUCCCCUACAAGGCAACAUGUGGACAUGCUAACACCCACACGAUAUCAUGUAGAUGCAUUGUCCCCAACAAGAAAAAGCAUAAGUGCACUGUCUCCUUCCAGACAACAUGUAGAUAACUUGUCAUCUUCUUGGCCACAAGUUGACACCCUCUCUUCUUCAAGCCAACCCAUGGACAUGGUAUCUUCUUUGAGGCAACCAAUCAUUGAUAAGCAGAUGGAUAGGUUAUCACCUUCAAAAAAGCUUACAGGUGACAGAUUAUCACCCACUCGACAACAUUUAGAUAAUUUAUCUCCUACAAGCCAACACAUUGACAGGCUAACCACAUUUCGAGUAUGCACAGAAAAAUUGUCUCCCUCUAGACCCUUCAGCAGUCAGUCCCCAACACAGACUACUGGCAAACUAUCUCCAAUAAGACUUACAGACAAACCCCCAUUUAAGAGACAAACAAACAGAUUGUCUCCAAGCAGACAUGUUGAAGGACUGUCUUCUGUGCGUCAACUGGACAGACUAUCACCUGCAAGACAGACAGAAAGAUUAUCUCCUGGUAGAUAUGAAAAUCUAUCCCCAACAAGAGUUCAAGCUAGACUAUCCCCAUGUCGACUUGAGCAACAGUGGCCUUCUGAUCACCAGUUGCCACUUCGAAUUGUUGAAAGUCAGCCUCAACACCUUGAUAGUAAGCUUCUGUGUACGACAACUGAAACACAGCACAGGGUAUGUGAGAAACAAUCGUCAACUGGAAUCCCUGAAAGCCAGGUUUUAUCUUCAGUUUCUACAAGCCAGAACAAGGCCCUUACAAUGCAACCAAGUGUUGAAGGACCCUCAUCACUCAAAAAUAGCAGCAGUUCUUUACAACAUUCGAGAUUGCUAAAAUCCUUCAAAGAUGAUCUGAACAAAUGCCAUAUUUGUAAUAAGUGCUUUUCAAAUGCCCAAGAAUACAUAGAACAUCAACGACAACACAUGAAAACACAGACUCAUCACAGUCAGGACAGCAGUUGUGGUCAUUCACGGCCACACUUACACAAAUGUUUCCACUCUGAAGGUCAUGCAGACUCAUGGUCUAUGAGUACAGAGGAGAUUCCUAGACCACCCGACUGUAAAAAUUGUAAAAUGGAUUUCUGGAAACAGAAUCAUCUACCAAAACACUUAUGGGCCAAAAAACAUCGAUUGACAUUGAUGUGGAACAAAAACUCUUCAUCUACAGAUAGUGAAUCGGCUGCACCAUCAGAAGCCAUGCCAGAUGCUGUUGUCACAACUACUUCUGUUUCAGGUCCGUCCAGAGUUAAAACCAUCCAAGGGACUGAGAAAGCUCUUGACUUAUCUAUAGAUGAGUCCUCAAUCAUUACUAGCCUCUCUUCUACCAGUGUGACUGCAACUUGUACCACUGUGACUUCAGUCACUACAACUGCUGCUGUUACUGUUACAACAACUGCUGUGAUGGCUAAGGAUAUGGCAAGUGAUGAGCAUGCACUUAUGAUAGCUGAAGCAAGAUGUGUCUCUAGAGAACAGGCAGCCAUUAUUAGUGCAGAUGUCACUGAUCAGAGUUCGUUCUUUAUCCACCAGAGACCUGUGAGUAAGAAAUAUGUUGAUUCAUCAAGUGAACAGGUCAAAGAUGAGACAGUCGAAGCAGACAUUUUGAGGAGUGGCAUCCGAAACCCUACUUAUUAUGUUCUAACCGGUGAUGAGAGUGAGAUAACAGGGGCAAAUGUCAUACCAAUCACUCCAAUGGCAGCUCAUGCUACCCAUGCAUGCCAUUUAUGUUCAAGGACAUUUACAUCAGCUUAUCAACUGGAGGAUCAUCUUUCUCAUGCAGACCCACGUCCAUAUGUGUGUGAGUACUGUGAUGCUGGAUUCUCAAAGAAACAAACACUUCGUAUCCAUUUGCAGAUACAUUCACAGCAGGAAAAGCCCUAUGUGUGUGGCAUGUGUGGAGAUACUUUUGUUACAUCUGAAAGUCUCAAGCAGCAUUCACUCAUCCAUUCAAACAUCAUUGUGGGAGCUCAUCGAAGUUUUGAUGAAUCCGCAUUAUAUUCAUACCAACAAGGAACCAGGAUAGGCAGUCCACUACCUAAAGCUUACGAUCGAGGAGUUCAUAUCGCCACUUCACAAUUAUGUUCACAAGACCAUUUUUCCACAUCGUUCCCUCCUCCUCCUCCCCCCAUGAUCAGUACUCCAGUUCAAGUAUCUGCUUUAAACAUCCAGCAAAAACAACCCCAGUACAGGCUGCCUUCUUCUCAAGCACAGCAGUAUAUGGAGAUUAGUCCCUAUAACACUGGUGAUACAAGACCUGUGAUGGUGGCAUCAACCUUAGCUGCUCUGGCAUUGGACUCUGCUGUCAGCAAACCUUGA